CGCAGCCGGCGGCCCCGCGCCGGACGGACCCACGGACGGAGGCUGCGCGCUCUUCACAGCGCGUGGCGCGCAUGGCGGCGCCGAGGAGCCCCGGGCGGCAGCGGGAGCGGCCUCGCGCCGCCGCCGCAGGAAGUGACCAAGUUCACUCCUGGACACUAGUUCCAAGCCAGGCCCUAGAUACUGCCUGGCGCAUAGCCAAGGGCUCUGUGAUGAUGGCCGUGUCCCUGCUGGUGGCCACCCUCUGCUACUUCAGGAGACUGCAGUUGUAUUUAGGACACCGGCUGAAAUGGUGGAUUGGCUAUCUGCAGAGAAAAUUCAAAAGGAACCUCAGUGUGGAGGCAGAAGUUGAUCUGCUCAGUUAUUGUGCAAGAGAAUGGAAAGGAGAAACGCCCCAUGCCAAACUGAUGAGGAAGGCUUACGAGGAUUUGUUCUGGAGGCACCAUAUUAAAUGUGUUCGACAAGUAAAGAGAGAUAAUUAUGAUGCUCUAAGAUCGGUGUUGUUUCAGAUAUUCAGCCAGGGCCUCUCUUUUCCAUCCUGGAUGAAGGAAAAGGACAUUGUUAAGCUUCCUGAAAAACUGCUGUUUUCACAAGGUUGUAAUUGGAUCCAGCAGUACAGUUUUGGUCCUGAGAAGUAUACAGGUUCAAACGUGUUUGGAAAAUUACGUAAAUGUGUAGAAUUGUUGAAAACGCAGUGGACUGAAUUUAGUGGAAUUAAGGAUUAUCACAAGAGAGGCAGCAUGUGCAACAUCCUUUUUUCUGACGCCAUUCUGGAAUAUAAGCUUUACGAAGCGUUAAAGUUCAUCAUGCUUUAUCAAGUCACUGAAGUUUAUGAACAAAUGAAGACUAACAAGAUCAUUCCCAGUCUUUUUAGGCUCCUGUUUUCCAGAGAGACAUCAUCAGAUCCUUUGAGCUUCAUGAUGAAUCACCUGAAUUCUGUAGGCGACACGUGUGGCUUAGAGCAGAUUGAUAUGUUUAUACUGGGAUAUUCCCUUGAAGUGAAGAUAAAAGUGUUCCGUCUGUUCAAGUUCAACUCCAGAGACUUUGCAAUGUGCUACCCAGAGGAGCCUCUCCCGGAGUGGCCUGAGAUCUCCCUGCUGACAGAAAACGACCGCCACUACCACAUUCCUGUCUUUUAAAUCUGCCACGGGCGGGGCACCAGCACUUGCCAGUGACAGUGGUCACACUUGCAAGCACAGUAUUUUUCGAAAGCCAAAGCUAGCCUAUCAGGCCUGGAGGGAGUGAGGACCUUUCCUCCGUAAUUGCAGGUACACUGUGUGGACUGACACAUGGAUGAUUUUCCUUCAUCAUUCCAUGAUUUCCUCAGAAGCAGCUGCAUUGGUGUCAUCGAGGGUUGGUAGUUUGACUUCACUCGGAAGGGAUCCUGUCACUUGACACAGCGGCAGGCCUUGAACACAGAAGUUUAACAUGGACAAUGAAAGGACAAAAAUGAGAAGGAAACAAGAAGAGACAGAUGGCCAGCCUGGGAAGAAAGAAUCUCUUUGUCUCCGACCUUUGCCUUCUUUAUUAAGAAUUUCAUCUUGGGCUGAGUUCGGAUCCUCAUAAGCAUGGUCAUAUUUUAUAAGCAUUACCUUUCUGGGAAUCUUUGUUGUGUAUUAAUUUUCUAGAACCACUUGAUUAACAUUAAAAUUACAUGUAUGUGUAUAUAUGUGUAUAUGUUUAUAUAUACAUAUUAACACAAAUAACCACUACUUUGUAAUAUUGUACAGUUUGUUAUCUCUCUUUUUUUGUCACUGUUGUAAUUGACCAUUUUAAUGGGUUUUAUUUAGAUUAAAAAGAUAAAUUGUGUGGAUUAAGACAACUGAAUGACAAUUAUUGAAGUGUCACAAAACUAUUAAACUGUGGUGUAUUUAGUGUA